AUGAAUUUCAGGAAUCUGCAAGGAAUAAGACAUGGGUCUACCAUACCUCACCAACCGAUAACUAAAGUAUUGAUAGCUAAUAGAGGAGAGAUAGCUUGUCGCGUCAUCAGAACAGCUCAGAGUCUGGGCAUUCGUAGUGUAGCUGUUUAUAGUGAGGCUGAUAGAAACUCUUUACAUGUUGCUAUGGCAGAUGAGGCAUAUUUUAUUGGUCCUCCACCAGCCAGUCAAAGUUAUUUAUGUCAAGAUAAAAUACUAGAAGUUGCAAAACAUUCUGGUGCUCAGGCAGUUCAUCCAGGUUAUGGUUUUCUAUCAGAGAAUACAGAGUUUGCUGAGUUAUGUGAGAAAGAAAACAUAAUAUUUAUUGGGCCACCUGCUUCUGCUAUUAGAGAUAUGGGUAUUAAAAGUACAUCAAAGGCUAUUAUGUCGAAAGCUGGUGUACCUAUAAUAGAAGGUUACCAUGGUGAGGACCAAUCAACUGAAAGAUUAAAACAAGAAGCUGAUAAAAUAGGUUAUCCUAUCAUGAUAAAAGCUGUCCGAGGUGGUGGGGGAAAGGGUAUGAGAAUAGCCAUGACAAAAAAUGACUUUGAUGAUCAAUUAGAAUCAGCUAAAACGGAGGCUAUGAAAUCUUUUGGUGAUCAGAUUAUGUUAUUGGAGAAGUAUGUUGAGACACCAAGACAUGUAGAAGUUCAGGUAUUUGGUGAUCGUCAUGGUAACUAUGUAUAUUUAUUUGAAAGAGAUUGUAGUGUACAGAGAAGACAUCAAAAAAUCAUUGAAGAGGCACCUGCUCCUGGACUAAGUGAAGAAGUAAGGAGAUCUAUAGGAGAAGCUGCAGUAAGAGCAGCUGAAGCUGUUAAUUAUGUUGGUGCAGGUACUGUAGAGUUUAUAAUGGAUAAACACCAGAAGUUUUAUUUUAUGGAGAUGAAUACCAGAUUACAAGUUGAACAUCCUGUAACUGAGAUGAUAACUGGUACAGAUCUCGUGGAAUGGCAACUCAGGGUUGCUGCAGGAGAAAAAAUACCUAAAACUCAGAAAGAACUCAAGUUGAAAGGUCAUGCAUUUGAAGCUAGAAUAUAUGCAGAAGAUCCCAACUCUAAUUUUAUGCCUGGGGCAGGUCCUCUCUUACAUCUAUCUACACCUAAUCCUACUGAUGACAUUAGAAUAGAGACAGGGGUUAGACAAGGAGAUGAAGUAUCAGUGUUCUAUGAUCCUAUGAUAGCUAAACUAGUAGUAUGGUCUGAAGACAGGCAAUCAGCAUUACAGAGAACAAUAGCAGCUUUAAAACAAUAUCAGGUAGUUGGUCUAAGCACCAACAUCCAGUUUCUAUUAGACUUAGCCAACCAUAAAGAGUUUCAAGCAGGAAAUGUUAAUACAGAUUUUAUACCACAAUAUUCUAAAGAAUUAUUUCCAGACCAACCUUUGACCUCACAGGCUAUAUGUCAAGCUGCUCUAACUAUGAUAUUAAAUAAACAAGAUCAGUUAUAUCGCACCAGUAUUGAUUCUCUAGAUCCCUACUCACCAUUCUCCUGGUCUACUGGUAUGAGAGUUAAUGAAAAUAGAACACAAACAGUUUCAUUAUUUGAUGGAGAUAAUGAAAUAUCAGUAGAGAUCAUACAGUAUUCUAACAGUGAGUUUGAGAUCAAGACACCUGAUGGCAGUAUACAUGAAGUAACUGGUGAGAUAGAGAAUAGUGGUGAUAAAUUAGAACUAACGUGUUUUAUUGAUGGUAUUAAAUCAUCAUCUUCUAUAGUUAUUAAUGGUAACUCUCUACAUCUCUUCUCAGGGACUGGAAAUCGUGAAUUAAAACUUCCAGUACCUAAAUACAUGGAAUCUAAGAUAGGAGGAGGGGCAGCAGGAGAUGCUGUAGCACCAAUGCCAGGUGUUAUAGAACGUGUAUCAGUAAAAGAAGGAUCUAGGGUAGAACAAGGAGAUCCUGUAGUAGUUAUGAUUGCCAUGAAAAUGGAGUAUGUUAUAAGAGCACCUAAAUCAGGAGUAGUAGAGAAAAUAGUACAUCAAGUUGGUGAAACAGUAUCUAAAGGGACAUUACUCAUACAUUUAAAAGAAGAUAGUGAAUCAUAA